AUGGGGAAUUCCAGUCGCCACAGCUCCAUUUCCCUUGCAGUCAUCUUGGUCUUUGCCUUCCUGCUGCUCAACGCUGAUCUAGGGUCGUGCGGCUGCUUCAAGCGCAUCUUCUCCUUCGGCGACUCCAUCACCGACACCGGCAACUUCGCGUACAUCAGCCGCAACAGUCCGCCGAGUCCGCCCUCAGUGCCCCCAUACGGAGAGACCUACUUCCACCGCCCCACGGGCCGUGCCUCCGAUGGGCGUCUCAUCAUCGACUUCUACGCGCAAACGUUGGGCCUGCCGUUGCUGCCGCCGAGCAUUCCCGAGGAGAAGACGGGGAAGUUCCCGACCGGUGCCAACUUUGCCGUUUUUGGCGCUAUUGCGCUCAACCCCACGUACUUCAUGUCAAGGUACAGCUUCAGUCUGCAGCGCGGGUGCCUCGACGAGCAGCUGGCUUCUUUCAAGAAAGUGCUCGCACGGAUUGCUCCGGGAGAUGCUGCCACCAAGAGUCUCCUGAGCGAAUCCCUGGUCGUCUUUGGCGAGAUCGGCGGCAACGACUACAACUUUUGGUUCUUCAAUCAUACGCACAGCCGGGACACGGCCCAGGAGUACAUACCGGACGUGGUUGCCCGCAUAGGCGCCGGUGUCCAAGAGGUGAUCAACCUCGGUGCCAAGACGGUCCUUGUCCCAGGGAACUUCCCCAUCGGGUGCGUGCCGGUUUACCUGAGUGGUAACAAAAGCUACACGUCCACGGACUACGACCAGUACGGUUGCCUCAAGUGGUUCAACGCGUUCUCCCAGAUGCACAACCAGUUACUGAAACAAGAGAUCACCAAGCUCAAGUCACAGAACCCCGGCGUGAGGAUCAUCUACGGUGACUACUACGGUGCCUUCAUGGAGUUCGUCAAGAAUCCUAGCAGGAAUGGCAUUGACAAGCCUCUGGUGGCGUGUUGUGGUGGCGAUGGCCCCUACGGCACUGGCCAUCUGUGCGACCAGAACGCGAAGGUUUGCCCCGACCCGUCGAGGUUCGCCAACUGGGACCAAAUCCACAUGACAGAGAAGGCAUACAAUGUCAUCGCCAAUGGGGUGGUCAAUGGCCCGUACGCCGACAUCCCGUUGCUCCAGGCUUGCUAGGAGAAUCCAGUUCCUUCAUUUUCAGAUUUGAACAAU